AUGACACACCCGCAACGAGUCGCGCUAGAACAGUCCCUCACCGAUCCAGAGAGCUUCUGGUCAGGUCACGCGGAGCGGCUCCACUGGCACCGCAAACCGAGUCGAGUGCUGACGCGGCAGACUAAGACUCUCCCCAGCGGAACGCAGCAUGAACACUGGUCAUGGUUCCCGGAUGGAGAAAUCUCCACGACCUACAACUGUGUGGAUCGACAUGUUGCUAGUGGGCGGGGCGAUCAAGUGGCCAUUAUCUGGGAGUCGCCGGUGACACACACGACGGAGAAAUAUACUUAUGCGCAGCUGUUGGACGAGGUGGAGGUUCUUGCUGGCGUGUUACGAGAGGAAGGUGUAGGGAAAGGAGAUGUGGUUAUCAUCUACAUGCCAAUGAUUCCAGCCGCACUCAUUGCAGCCCUGGCUAUCACCAGGCUUGGAGCCGUCCAUGCUGCGGUCUUUGGCGGGUUCGCUGCCAAGUCCCUGGCACAGAGGAUCGAAGCAGCUCGACCGCGGGCCAUCAUGACGGCGUCGUGCGGGAUUGAAGGUGCCAAGGGACCGAUUUCGUAUCGGCCUUUGGUGGAGGGGGCUGUGGAGGCGAGCCGGUUCAAGCCUUUGAAGGUGAUCGUGUGGCAGCGGGACCAGAUGCGCUGGGACAAUCCAGAUAAACUGGGUGGUCAACGGAACUGGCAGCGGCUGGUCAAAAGCGCGCGUGGCCGUGGUAUUCGGGCUGGGCCCGUGCCUGUGAAGAGUACGGAUGGGUUGUAUAUCAUUUAUACGAGUGGUACAACGGGUCUACCAAAGGGUGUCUUUCGAGAGGCUGGAGGCCACGCUGUGGGUCUUGAACUAUCCAUUCAGUCCUUGUUUAGUAUCAAGCCCGGAGAUGUGAUGUUUUGCGCCUCAGACAUCGGCUGGGUGGUUGGUCACUCAUACAUCCUCUAUGCACCGCUGCUGGUCGGCGCGACGACCGUACUCUUCGAAGGCAAGCCCAUUGGUACACCAGAUGCAGGAACAUUCUGGCGAAUCAUUGAGAAACACGGAGUGAAUACUCUUUUCACCGCACCAACAGCAAUGCGAGCCAUCCGCAAGGACGACCCCAAUGACAAGUUCUUAAAAGAAAUAGGCCAACGAGGCGGCCUCAAAUCCCUUCGAGCCCUGUUCCUAGCCGGUGAACGCAGCGAACCAAGUAUCAUCCGCACGUACCAAGACCUCCUGUCCCAAUACGCCGCCCGGGGGGGCUCUGGUCUAGCUCUGGAUGCACACGCCGCCUUACCCGCAAAAACCAGACCGAGCAGUCCACUCACCAUCCGGCCUGGUUCUGCAGGCCUCCCCAUGCCCGGAUUCGACGUACGAAUCGUCGAUGAUGAAGGUCACCAAGUUCCACCGGGAACAAUGGGUAACAUUGUACUGGCACUCCCGCUUGCCCCAACGGCAUUCACAAGUCUCUUCCAAGACGAAGAACGUUUCUACAAAGGUUAUCUGAAGAGAUUUAACGGUCGCUGGCUGGAUACUGGCGACGCCGGUCUAAUUGAUGAAGAUGGAUACGUGCACAUCAUGUCUCGAUCCGAUGAUAUUAUUAACGUUGCGGCGCACCGUUUCAGUACUGGCCAAAUUGAACAAGUCAUCCUCUCCCACCCCUCCAUCGGUGAAGCAAGUGUAGUCGGGAUCCCGGACCCCCUCAAAGGCCACCUUCCAUUCGCAUUUAUCCAGCCUCGCCAGGAAGACUCGAAACAAAUACCAGCGACACCAUCCUCAGAGCUAUUCAACGAAGUGAACGCACUCGUGCGCGAGCAGAUAGGCGCCAUCGCUUCACUGGGCGGGAUGAUUCAGGGCCGAGGAAUGAUUCCUAAGACGCGAAGUGGCAAGACGCUUAGACGGGUUUUGAGGCAACUUGUAGAGAAUGCAGUACAGGGGAUGUACGACGAGGUGGUUAGUGUCCCGCCUACUGUGGAGGAUGCGGAUGUUGUUGAGGUUGCGAGAGGAAGGAUUAGAGAGUAUUUUGAGAAGAGGGUUGGGAAGCCGAAGCUUUAG